CGCCCUGGCAGCGGAGCCUCGUCUCUAAUCGAAUCGGUUUAAGCGAGCGCCACCCCCCUGCGCAUGUUUUAUGGGCUGAGAAACCUGGCGGAGGCGCUUCAGGGAGGUCCAGAGGAGGAGGAGGAUGAUAAGGAAGUGCAAGAGCCGCAGGAGGAGGGCGUCAGGAGGGAGGGGCCUGAAGGGCAAGGUACAAAGGACGACAGCGCCGACGGAGAUGGCAGCCAGGCCAGCGAGGACGACGACGGCACGCAGCUCAGCUUCUGGGGCGUCGCAUCAGUGCUGACUGCCACGGUCAAAGCCAAGACCACACAGGUGCUGACGGCGGUGCAGGAAACCGACUGGCGGGCGGAGCUGGAGGCGUUCCAGCAGGGUGCCAAGGAGGAUGCUGAGGCUGUGGGCAAGGGCGCCGACAUUGUGAUGCACAAGGCCAAGGAGGCCGCCGAGCAGCUGCCCACCGCGCUUGAGCACUUGCCGGGCAGCGCUGCAACUCUGCAGGCACGGGCGGAGGCGGCAGGGACAGUGGCACGGGUGCAAGCGGGGCGCAGCUUGGCGGGGCUAGCGGGGCUGGGCAGCAAGCUGGUGCUGGGCACGCAUGACCUGCUGGAGCAGAUCAGCCACGCCGUCCAGAACGAGAUGGCUUUGAUUGAUGACAGCGGCAGUGCUGCACGCCUUCCUUCAUCUUCCAAGGCGCUGACGGGGCAGGCGAAGUACAGCAGGUUUGAGGCUGAUGUGGCGGCUAUGCAGCGCGACAGCACCACCUACUGCGAUGAGCCAGAGGAUGUGGAGGAUUUUGAGGCCUGGCUAGCCGGCUUCGACCUGGUGGCUCGCAAGCCAGAUGUUGACAGCCUGAUUGCGGAGAACACGUUCAUGUCAGAGCUGCAGGCGCGCAUCGUGCCACUGAUUGUCGAGUAUGAUGCGUUUUGGACGCGCUACUUCUACCGCCUGCACAAGCUGGAGCAGAAACACCAGCAGUUCCUGCAGCUAGCGCAGCGUGCUCAGCAGCCUGAGGAGGAGGUUGGAUGGAGCUCUGAGGAGGAGGCAGAGCCGCGCCAGCCUGCACGUACUUCUGCUGUUGGCGGAGGUGGGCUGGCAGGAGCACCUUCUGCCACACAGUCUGCACCAUUGCAAGACGAAGCGGAAAAGGAGGACGAAGUGGAGGAACAGGCGGCUGCAGAGGCCGCGCCCACCGCUUCAGUAGCGCCUGUGCAUAUUGUUGGUGCGGAUGGUGACGUGGAGCAGCAUGAAGAGCUGAUUGACAGUGCCGGAUCGUUUGGGAGCAAGGGCCAGGACCAGCAGGGCGCAGCCCACUGGCGCGCAGCGUCCGGCUCUGAUGACAGCGCAGCUGCCACCCUCAGCUCGGACAGUGAUCACUGGCAAGUGGCCAGGAACCAGCUGCAAUCGGCGGUGGACGAGGAUGGCUCGCUCCUGGACAACCUCACACUAGAGCUGCGGGUUCACCCCCCCACCAUUGAUAUUGACAACAAGGCGCAUGACAAGUGGACCACCGUCACCAUUGACAGCGCCAACCGGCCCGGCAGCCUGAUAUAUAUUGUGCAACACUUCACUGAGCUGGACUUGCGCAUCACGAGUGCCCGCAUAUCCAGCGAUGGCGGCUGGUUUGUGGAUGUGUUCCAUCUCUCGGAACCUAACGGCGAGAAAGUCCGCAAUCCCAAAAAGCUGCAGAGCAUCAAGCAGAUGCUAAAUGUAUACAUGCAGCAGGAGGAGGACCUGGUGCUUAAUGGAGACGAGACGGACGACAUGAACCGCAUCGAGACCACUGUGUUUGAACUAGCUGGGCCGGACCGGCCCGGGCUGCUGGCAGAGGUUACCCACCUGCUGACCCACAACGGCUGCAACGUCCGCUCCGCGGCGGUGUGGACAUACCGGGGGCGCGUCGCCUUUGUGCUGUCGAUCACAGAGAAGGGGUUGCCCGUGGUGGACGGCAUCAAGCUGCAGCGGCUGCGCCAGCUGGUGCUGGGCAUCAUGACGCGGCGCCCGGGUCCCAGCGACAGCAACGGCGCGCUGGCGGCCAUGGGAGGCGGCGGAUUGGGGCCAGGCUCUGCUGGCGUGAUUGUAAACAUCCGAAAAGUGCGAGGCGAGAUCCACCACGACCGGCGGCUGCACCAGCUGAUGCUGCAAGAGGAAAUCAAUCAGUGGUCGCAAGGCGUGCGGCUGCAAUCUGUGGAUGAAGAUGAAACCAGCAGGCAGGGGCAGCAGGAGCAGCAGCUGGGGGUCCUGUCUGCAGCAGCAGCAGCAGUAGCAGCAGCGGGACAAGUGGAACGGCCGCUCAGCCGGCAAUCCACGGGAAGUGAUGUGAGCGGCCGGAGUGAUGGCGUGCCCGGGGUGCAGGGGCUGGGCGAGGGCUGGAUGGCAGCGGGUUCAGGCGUCAAGGCAGUGACCUCUGCUUACCGCUCCCCAAAGCACGACCGCCCACAGAUUGACAUUGACUACAGCUCCGACUGCAAGUACUGGAUCAUCAGCAUCAAGCCGCGCACUGGCGACUCUGGGUUUGACCGCCCACAGGCAGAGCUGCUGCGUGCAAUGCUUGAGUCGAGCAUCCAGCGCCGCUUCCCCAAGGGCUUGAAGGUGCACGUGCACUCGCUCGACCGCUUUGGCUGCCUGGCUGCCCUCACCCGCGUGCUGCACCAGACAGGACUGAGCGUGACUCGCGCCAAGGUGCGCACCUAUGCCACCAGCAAAAGCAGCGGCCACACCUUUUAUGUCAUGGAUGCCAGGGGCGGCCCUCCGGACAAGGCGCGUGUGGAGGCCGCGUGCCGCGAGAUUGGCGGGCAGCUGGUGGAGGCCGGGCAGGAGGCGCGCAGCAGCAGCUUGGGCAGCCACCGCUUUUCCUUUUCAUUUCUUGCACGCAACUGGAAUAGCGCCUGGGGGAUUGGGCACAUUAAUGUGCUGGGGCCGAACCCACUAACCCUGCCGGCUGUCCAGAGCGAGGAAAAUCUGGCCGCCGAUGGCAUCCCGGGGAGGCUCCGUCUUGCAAGCGCCAUGCCGGUCUGCCGGGCAGCCGUCCGCCGCCCAGAUGCCGCCACGAAGGUGCCGUGA